GUUUGCGUGUGAAAGGUCACGUUUGGCGCGGGAAGCGGCCGCUCGGUCUGGGCGAGUAUGACGAAGCGAGCCAGCCCGUUCGGGGACAUGGCGCCGCUCCAGUGGAAAGUCUACGUGACCCAGAGGGAGCUGAGUGAAGGCGUGCUCGGGGAGAAGUACAAGCGGGAAGUGUAUGAGAAAACCAAGACCUUGCUGUUCAAUGGAGCCCAGUCCUUUAUGGGAGAUUUAUGGACUAGUAACUUGGAUGAAAAAUAUACACUGGACCCCAUACUUGUUGAGAAUAACUACAUGAAGGAACCUGAAAGUAUUUGUAACAGUGAUCAUGACUUCCUCCAAGGGCAGACAUUUCUAGGACAAAAUGGACAACUUCUAAGGGGUUUAUCAUAUCUGCAAAAAUCAUCCAUCAAGGCAGCAGUUACAAACUGCUUUAUCUGUCUGAAGCCGUCCAAUUUCAAGAAACCUUGUUCACGGUGUGACCACUUACUAUGCCAGGAUUGCAUCAAAGUGUGUGAUCACUGCACAAAGAAUUUCUGUUCAAUAUGUUCAGUUGCAGAUUAUAAUGAUGCUGAGGACAAAGUGUUCUGCUAUGACUGUGUCUCAUGAAAGCAACCUUUCAGAAGAUUUGUGGACUUUUGUAUGGGAAUUUUUUACAUUAAGUGAUUUCUACUUGUGUACAAAUGGAAGCAAUUCUGCAUUGUAAUAUACUGUUUGAAUUUUGUAUUUUAUAAUAAGUUUUUUUAACUGUUUGAAAAACUUUACUGUUAAGUACACACUUGUUCUCUAACUAAUGAAGGAAAGAAUUCAUCAACUUUUACUUUAGUGCUGGUGUUUGCAUACAGCAGAAUGCAUGGGUUGAGAUGUGUAUUUCCCUGUAAUUAGUCUAAUUACUGAUCUGAUCUAAUAGGUUCAAAGUUGCUGUGCAGAAAAACUGACUCCUGACAUUUUGCAGAUCUUGUCUGUUUUAAUGGAUAUUAUGACAAUUAAUGCUCAUAAUUUUAAAAAUGGAAUUACUGAGUUGAUUGUGUAAGAGCUUGGGUGAAUUACAGACCUGGUGAGUUUCAAGAGGUGCAAUUGGUGAUUGAGCAAAUUUUUGUACAGUUUCAGUCAGCUGUAACAGAUGAAAUUACUUACUGAAGAAUGGAAGGAUUUGACCAAGGUGCAUCUGGGUGUUGGAUAGCUAUUGAAAUAUUCAAAGUACUCACCAAAUUCUUCAGUUUUAUUUAAUUUACAAAAUGACUGCAUCACCAAAUCUCUGGAAACAAAGCAAGUUGUUCGAAUGAGAUCUAACUCCACCCCCACACCUCCAAUGCAAGCACAAAUCUGCCAUCUCCUGCUUUAUGGAGCUUCAAAACCAUCAUUGCUUUCAAAGAUUUUCUCCGGUCCAUCUUAUUACAAGUGUCAAUCAGAAAUUUAAUGAAAUUAGAAUCGUACUGAAAUUGACUUCAAAUUGGCAAAACCACUUCUCAUGCAUUCUGCCUUAAGGCCAUGGUUUUGUGGUCAUUUGGCAUGUUUAUGGAGAUGGAGUAAUGACUCUUUGCAGUUAAGUAUCCUGCAGGUUAAGUCUGCCUCAGUGUUAUAAAAGGAUGGUCAAUAAUAGGAUUUUUAUUUUGAAUGGAUGCUGAAGUGCUAAAUGCAUUCCUUUAGAAAGAGCAAUGGAGUUGGGACUAAUGUUCCUAAUGGUAAACAGCACUGUUCUCCCACCUUUGUGCCUGCUUGGUUCAGGUAUUUGUUUCUUGACUAGAAAAUAUAAAUGCCACUUGAAAUAAUUAUCAACAUUAAUUGUUUUAGUUGAUGUGAAAACAUUUUUAACCCAGCUGGCCCACAUCUGUAGCUAAUUUACUCUAUCUUUGAAUUGGUGUAGCAUCUGAGUGGGAAAACAAUUGCUCAAGUGUGAGAAGUGAGGAGAUUCAACAAUUCAGGUUUCUCAAACUGCACUUUCUUGCCACUAGAGUGUAGUAGUAAGCUACAAGUAACACCUCGAAUUGAGUUAGAGCUUCAAACAAUGAUCAUUUGCUACACACUAGUUCAAAACUAAUGCCUUUAACCUGAAUGUAAGAUAUUUGGCAACCAUAGCAAUUCAAUUGAGAUUUUUUUUGUGGGGGGGUUAUUUGGUAAUAUCUGCAUGUGAAGCUGCUCAUACCUAUAUGAUUGGGAGAUAAUCAGUUCUUAACAGGAUUAAGGCUACUUAAGCCUCUGUUUUUACUAAUAGUUUGACUUUGAUCCAGUGCUGAUUUCAUCAAAUGUGCAGAUUUGAAAAUUGUAGACUUAAAGUGAUGAAAUGUUGCAACAUAUUAAUAGCUCUUUUAGUGUUUAAAUGUAAAUUUAACAUUUAUUUUGUAAGUAAUUUUAAGUUGGACAUUUAAUUCAUCUAAGCCACUUUAAAUGAGCUAAAAAUUCAAUCUGUUGUGAAACGUGAUCUCUGAAUUCAGUACAAUUGUAGGAAACUAAUUUUGUUAAAUAUAAGUAGCAGAUUAAGGAACAACAGUCUCAAUUUUAGACUAAGGUCAAACUUCAAAUUUUUGAACUUCCUACUGUUUUUUAAUCUUGAUAUUCAAGUCUGCUGUCCUAAAUGACCGAGUUGGAAAACAUCUAUGCACUGAAAAUAUUUGGCUUUUAAAAUUCUUAGAUUCUUUUAAUAAACACUUUUUACCUAUAGAUUUGACUUUUGCAAUUGCAGCCCUGCUUUAAAGGGGAUUUGUAUUUGAAAUUUCAAUAAAGCACUUUUAUUAUACUGGCAAAUGUUGAGGAUAAUUACAGACUUGUACUUCAAA